AUGUCAACAACACCCUUAGCCACUAUCGACGGGUUCCCUUACCACCAAUUUGACAUCAAAAACCAAGAUGAGUUCAAACGCAUCUCAGACUUGAUUUCAAUGCACUUGUCAGAACCUUACUCGAUAUAUGUGUAUUGGUACUUUUUGAACAACUGGCCCCAAUACUGCUUUACAGUUAAACAUGAAAACCACAUCAUCGGCGUCAUCAUCUCAAAACUUGAACCGCACAGAGGAGUGCGAUUGAGGGGGUACAUUGGUAUGUUGGUAAUUGACCCCAAUUACAGGAAAAGGGGCAUUGCAAGCAACUUGGUGAAAUUGACAAUCGACAAGAUGAUUAAAGCUGAUGCCGACGAGAUCAUGUUGGAAACAGAGGUGAUCAACAAUGGUGCUUUGAAUUUGUAUGAGAGUUUGGGAUUCCUACGAACAAAACGAUUGUACCGGUAUUAUUUGAACACACAUGACGCAUACAGACUCAUUUUACCGUUGAGUGACAAAUCACACACUCGAAUUGCCUUCCUACCGGCAAUUCAACAGUGA